AUGCAGCUCUCAGUCUUGCUCAUGGCCACUUUCGUCGCCCUUGGCGUUGCUCAUCCAGGCUUUAACUGGCUCCAAGACAGGACUGGCGCAUGCCCCGCCGGUCAUGAAUGCAACACUUCCAGCCAUACAGAGGACUGCUGCUGGCUUGGAGAUGUCGGCUGCUGCUACGAAUGCAAAGAGGGGUCUGAUGCCGCUUGCGUGGCAGAGGUUACCGAGUAAAUCUCCCGACAAUCUUGAUCGAGGUGGCCAAGAUACGCUUUCGCCUCCCUAGGUAUCACUGCAUCGAAGGAGGACUGGUGGGGAGAUUUUUGGACUAUCCUAUAGCAAUGGUCACCUGUCGCUUUUCUUUCUAAUUUUUACAAACGGAUUUUGUGAGAAAAACGAGGAUUCGUUACCUAGCCUUUAGCCUGAGUAGUUUCACAAUACAACGCUAUCUCACCCUGACCCAAUU